GAUAUUUGUCUGGGACGCAUUUAAGUGGCAAAACCUGCCAGGUUUCAUCCACACAGCGUUUUAGUAGAAAGGAACGUAUUGUGCUUUUGAUACUAGACUCCAAAAUGGAAGCCUACAUAGUGUUGUGCUUUAUAAGUAUGCUGUCUGUUGGGAUCCAAGCACAAAGCACAGUUAACUGCACUCCAGUUGUCACACCGGACUUGGCGGCGAGAAUCACCACCAACUCUGUGAUCCUUAAUCCGCCAAGUUGUUGCUUUGGUAGCCUUACAGGUUUGAAUUGUACCUCAGACAAAUGCGAAGUGUGGUUGGUGGCUGCAGUGGACACAGGAGUCAACAAUUUCAACACGGACAAAACCAGCACUGAUUUUCUCAGCAAGUCCCCGUACCCGUCAGCUUUCAGCAACAGCAACCCUAAGAAUUACUUUCUGACCAAAGCUGGUCUUCAGAACGAUUUUCCCUGCCCCUCCUCCUCUACUGCCAGCUACUUUAGAGUCGGAGCGGAUGGCAAUUGCAUUACCACCAGCUGCAAUGGAGUAUUACCUCAGGGGUCAACUGCAAGUUUCAAGUAUCUUCUUGUUGAUCCAGCUAGCAAGACGCUUCUUGCAGAGACAAAGUGGUCUGACAACAUUACUCUCUACACCUCAAAAGACCCUGGCAGUAUCAGUGACAGUUUUGCUGGGCGGUCCGGUGCCAUGGUUGUCAUCACAGCGAUUCUAAGUGUUGCUAUGGCUCUGCUCUUGCUAUUGCUCAUCAUCGCCGUAGCACUGUGCUGUUGUGGCGGUGAAGGCAAAGAACAGAGACCUGCUUCACAAAGACUUGGUUCAGUGAUGGGAUCGUUCCGCAUCCCCCGCUACGACACACACCACCUGAAAGACCCCGCCCCGUACGACAACCCCGCCUAUGAGAGAGAAAGGAAGUAUACCACGGCCGACACCUUGCCGAAGUCUUCAGCCACCACUGCUGUUAAUCCUGCUUCUCAGGAUGACAUCAAGAUGCAGAAAAUGUGAGCGAAAAGAACUUUACAUCAGGUCACUUAAAGGAAUUCUUGGAUCAAAUGCUAAUGCGGCUAACAGCAAAUGGAAGCAUGGAAGUAGGACAGGGAUAACCAGUAGUAUGGCAAGUUUCAUAGGCUUUAUUGAUUCUUCAUAGAGGUGGGCAAUAUGAGGAUAUGUCACUGUUAUCAUAAUACAUUUCGUCAAUAUACUCUAUGUAUAUUUUAAAAUACAUCUUUCUCUAUCAUAAAACGAUUAAGGUCAUUUACAGAAAGUCUGUACGUCCUACUCUGCGGAUACCUUACCUAUCAAUAUUACAUAAAAAAUGAAUAAAAUAUAUAUGCAGGGCCCCAUUCUGAUGUCUUUUACUGCUUAUUUCUAGAAAUGGACAUGCUGUGUGGUAACAGUACAGUAGGUCAUUGGAUAAUCAGCCUAUUAUGCGCUUAUCUUAGAUUUGAAUUAAGUUAUUUUUACUGAUUGUUUGAUUUUUCCUUCUGUUGCUUCUGAAAUGUUUAACAAAUAAUGAAUGACCAUGAAACAAUACUGUACUUAUACAUUUCUUAACUUUUCUUUAAUGCACCACUGCUGUAUUGCUUGUUUCUAAUCCUCAUCUGAUGCACAUCAAAUGUUUUUAGUUAUAUUUUUGCCAUAUUUCCACCCACCCUUACUCCUUAGCCACAGUAGCCUUUUGAUCGUAGGACUCCUUUAAUUCAGAGCCAACUGCCAGCCACUCGUCUUGUUCUGAGCAUAACCAAAUAGACGGGAGUGCUUUGGCGGGAGUGGUAUUGGGGCCGGGCUGGAAAGGCAAGAGAAUAAAGUUGGAGUUCAUUCGGUUUCACUGAGGUGGAAAAUCACCAAAGCUGAAAUACCUCAGACUCUUACAAAAUAAUGACCUGGAUAUUGUAAGUUUGUCUUUCAGCUGCUUAAGCUCUGCAAUGUAAUCAUGUAAAAAUCCAAUUCAAAUGUAAUGAUUUAGAUAGGCUUACAUUUCAGUACUGCUGGUCAUAAGAACAGUUGAAAAACUGACCAAUGAAAUGAGUGAAACUCAUUAUCCCUUUCUGAAUUAAAUGAAAUAAAGGGCCUUGCUCUUCAUAAUCAAAGGGGA